GACCCUCAGCGUCUGCGGCGGGGCGGGAGCUGGGCCGCCAUGAGUUCGCCGCCGCCCGCCCGCAAGGGCUUUUACCGCCAGGAGGUGACCAAGACAGCGUGGGAAGUGCGCGACGUGUACCAGGAUCUGCAACCAGUUGGCUCGGGCGCCUACGGAGCCGUGUGCUCGGCUAUAGACAGUCGCACCAGCGCCAAGGUGGCCAUCAAAAAGCUGUACCGACCCUUCCAGUCCGAGCUGUUUGCCAAACGCGCCUACCGCGAGCUGCGACUCCUCAAACACAUGCGUCACGAAAACGUGAUUGGGCUGCUUGAUGUAUUUACUCCUGAUGAGACCCUGGAUGAGUUCACAGAUUUCUACCUGGUGAUGCCUUUUAUGGGCACAGACCUGGGCAAGCUCAUGAAACAUGAAAAACUGAGUGAGGACCGUGUCCAGUUCCUUGUGUACCAGAUGCUGAAGGGGCUCAAGUACAUACACGCUGCUGGCGUCAUCCACAGGGACCUGAAGCCUGGCAACUUGGCCGUGAACGAGGACUGUGAGCUGAAAAUCUUGGACUUCGGCCUGGCCAGACACACAGACAGUGAAAUGACAGGAUACGUGGUGACUCGGUGGUACCGGGCACCGGAGGUCAUUCUGAACUGGAUGCACUACACACAGACAGUGGACAUUUGGUCGGUGGGCUGCAUCAUGGCGGAGAUGAUUUCAGGGAAGACUCUGUUUAAAGGUAGUGACCACUUAGACCAGCUGAAGGAGAUCAUGAAGGUGACAGGGACGCCCUCUGCGGAGUUUAUACAGGGGCUGCAGAGCGCAGACGCCAAGAACUACAUGAAGGGCCUUCCGGAGCUAGAGAAGAAGGACUUUGCCUCCAUCCUUGCCAACACCAGCCCCUUGGCCGUGAACCUACUGGAGAAGAUGCUGGUGCUGGAUGCGGGGCAGCGGGUGACGGCAGCUGAGGCGCUAGCCCACCCCUACUUUGAGAGCCUGCACGAACCUGAAGAGGAGCCCACGGUGCAGAAGUACGAUGACUCCUUCGAGGACGUGGACCGCACGCUAGAAGAGUGGAAGCGUGUAACCUAUAAAGAGGUGCUCAGCUUCAGGCCUCCCAGGAAGCAGGGGACCAGAGUUUCCAAGGAGACAGCCUUAUGAAGUCCUCUGGGCCUGGGGGCAGAGGUGGGCAC